AUGCCGCUUGCGCUCUGGCUCCGCGGCCUCGCGUCCAAAGGGCCCAUCCUCUGCGGCGUGCUGGUGGGGCUUUACCUCGCCACACACUCGCGCCAUGGUGCGGCGACCUCACCCGAAGCACCCUGGAAGGCCUUGGCGGACAACAUUCCCGAGGCUCCGCCGCGCGGCCGCGUGCAGGCUGAGGAGGCGCCCUCGAUCAGCCGCACACCUCAGCGCGAGGCGCGGGCCUUCCGCGAGGAUGCGCGGGAACCCCAGGCAUCGGUGAUCCUGAAGUCCCCCAGCGAAACCCCUGAGCUGGAGGCAACCUCGGCGCCGAGUCUGGGGGAGCAGGAGCCGCAAGAGUGCUUCGACACCAACUGGGCGCUCGCAGGGUUUGACCUGCAGCACAGCAAGGAGUCCAGCGCCCUGGCUUGCCAGAAGCAAUGCCAGUGCACCGAGCACUGCACAGCCUUCACGUACUGGCAGAACGGCGAUUGCCAUGCCCAGACAGACAAAGCACCUCGGAUGAGAGCCCUGGAGGCGGUCACAGGGCCGGCCUUCUGUCCGGGCGCGCCGGCGGGGGCGCUGCUCCCGGAGCGCGCACCGGAUCUGCCAAAGAUGCAGACCGCGCCGGACAGAUACGAGGGCCCGAAAGUCUACGUCUACGAGCUGCCCGAGCGCUUUCGCAACGGUGGCAAGGACUCCGCCUGCUUCACUGUCGACUGCGUCUUCGGGGGCCCACCGAUGGUUGUGCAAGGCGUCGAAAUUUGGGCGUCGAAUCAGUUCCACAUGCCGCGGAUGCUUUACUACCGAUUCAUGAACUCGCCUCGGCGGACGAAGGACAUAAACGAGGCUGAUGUGUUCUUCGUGCCAGCCUACAGCUUCAAGCCAAGUGAAGAGACUCCCUGCGCUGAUGGUGGGGACCUCUUCAACACCUUGUUUCAGUUGAAUCCUUCACUUCAGGACCCAGCCUGGGGAACUGAGAAAGCCUCCCGCCACCUCUUUGCGGACGCGCGCGGUUGGGAAACUUGCAACUACAUGUGGCAGCUGGCGAUGCCCUUCCGCAUGUUUCACCGCGUGAACAUCGAGCUGAAUGGCCUCGAGGAAACUGGGCCAGAAGGCUGGACAGAUGGAAAGCCCUUCAUCUGGUAUCAGUUCCCUUACCCGGCUGUCUACCAUGGACAUGCGGAUGCCACUCCCGCGAAGCUGCGCUCGCGAGGUUUUGCACGCUACUUGUGGAGCUUCACGGGCACAGGACGCGGCAUCGCGGGCCAUCUCCGCAGUGUCAUCACGGAGCAGUGCAACCGAUGCACCAGGUGUGGUCGCGAGACCAAUCUGCCGGAAGUCAACGGCGCUGUCACGACCGAAGAAGGAGACAGCUACCGCCGCAUCGCCGAGGUGAAGUUGCAAUCCACCUUCUGCUUAGAGCCUCCGGGCGAUACGGUGACGCGCAAGAGCCUUGUCGACUCCAUCGUCUUGGGCUGCAUCCCGGUCGUCUUCGAGCACCAGGAGCUUGAUAUGUACGAGCCAUUCCUGUCCGCAGAGCAAUUUGCGGCCGUGGCGCUCUUCGUGCCAGAGGCGGAAGUCGUCGGAGGCGACGCGAAGGUCUCCAUCUGGGCAAUCGGCACAUAUGGGGGCAAAACGACGCGCAGCAUCAACAAGAAAAUGCGUCAGCUGCAGAAGCUGUAUCCAGAAUACUCUGAGCUGCUGGAAGCCCUCCACCCGCGCUUCACGCAGCAAGAGCGCUGGGAUCAAGUGAAGAGGAUUUUCCCCAAACCGACUCCGAUCGUUGACAUCUUGUCACGCCUCUCGGAGGAAGAUGUCCGAAACAAGCAGGAAGCGCUGGCCUUGGUGGCGCAUCGGCUCGUCAUCGGCAUGGACGACUCCAGCGAGGAUGCCGUGCGCAUUCUGCUUGACAAUAUUGUCUCGAAUGACGCGGAGGCUGUGGCCGUGGAGCGGAAGAGUGACCUGAGGCCGCCUUAG